GGCGCCAUUUUCUCGAGCCGCCUGUCUCGGGUGCCGCCAUGUUGGUGAGGAGAAAUCACCGUUACGGCCACUGUCCAAAUCCCCGCGUCGCUGCACGCCGCCCGCCUGGCCGCUCCCACGCCACAGCCACCGGCGGCGAAUAGAGACUAGAGCGGCAGCGCCGGCAGCACGGGGCCGUUGCCCAGUGUUUGCAGUUAGAGCCCCAUCUCUCUGGCGUGCUUGUUAAUAGACUGGAAAGUCUGUGUCUGUGUCGCUCACUAGUAACCGUGAGUUUUUACCACUUCGUCACCUGUCGGCGGCGGCCGGGAGCAGGUACCCGCAGGCGGCGCGGGGGUCCUCCCCGCGCCCCGCCGCCGCCGGCCUCGCAGACCUGCCCUCCAGCCCCGCCCCGUUCUUGACCAAACAUGACAGACUCUGAACAUGCAGGGCACGACAGAGAAGAUGGUGAAUUAGAAGAUGGUGAAAUAGAUGAUGCAGGAUUUGAAGAAACACAAGAACAAGAGGCAAAAGAGGAUGAGAAGCAGAAAAAUGAGAAAGCCUACAGAAAAUCGAGAAAAAAGCACAAGAAAGAAAGAGAGAAGAAAAAAUCCAAAAGGAGGAAACGUGAGAAACAUAAGCAUAAUUCUCCAUCUAGUGAUGAUAGUUCAGACUAUAGCCUUGAUUCAGACAUCGAGCAUAUAGAAAGUUCCCACAAAAAGAGAACUGGUUUCUACAGGGAUUAUGACAUUCCAUUUCCUCAGCAUGGACAUAUAUCAGGAAGCUACAUGACAUCAAAGAAGGGUCAACGUAACAAAAAAUAUAAAAGUAAAGAAUAUGAUGAAUACAGUACCUACAGUGAUGACAACUUCGGGAACUACAGUGAUGACAACUUUGGUAACUACAGUCAGGAAACAGAGGAAGAUUUUGCUAGUCAGCUAAAACAAUAUAGACAAGCUAAAGAAACAUCAAAUACUACUUUAGGAUCAUCAUUUUCUAAAGAACCAGGGAAAAAACAGAGAAUGAAAGGACUUCAGCAAGGUAUUGAACAAAGGGUUAAAAGCUUUAAUGUCAGUCGUGGACGUGGUUUGCUGAAGAAAAUCAAAAGAAAAGACCGUGGAGGAAGAUCUAAUAAAGGGCCUAAUGUUUUUUCAGUAACAGAUGACUUUCAAGAGUACAGUAAGCCAGGGAAGAAAUGGAAGGUUAUGACUCAGGAAUUUAUUAAUCAGCACACAGUGGAGCACAAAGGAAAACAAAUCUGUAAAUACUUCCUGGAAGGGAGAUGUAUUAAGGGAGAUCAGUGUAAAUUUGAUCAUGAUGCAGAGCUGGAGAAGAGAAAAGAGAUCUGCAAGUUUUAUUUACAAGGAUAUUGUACCAAAGGAGAAAACUGCAUUUAUAUGCAUAAUGAAUUUCCAUGUAAGUUCUACCAUAGUGGAGCAAAAUGUUACCAAGGAGACAACUGUAAAUUUUCCCAUGAUGAUCUGACUAAAGAAACAAAGAAACUUUUGGACAAAGUGUUAAAUGCUGAUGAAGAACUUAUAAAUGAAGAUGAACGAGAAUUAGAAGAACUUAGAAAGCAUGGCAUAACUCCUCUUCCCAAACCACCUCCAGGAGUUGGGCUUCUGCCAACCCCUUCAGAGCAUUUUCCCUUUUCUGAUCCUGAAGAUGAUUUUCAGACAGAUCUCUCUGAUGAUUUUAAGAAAAUUCCAUCUCUUUUUGAAAUAGUUGUAAAACCUACUGUGGAUUUAGCACAUAAAAUUGGAAAGAAGCCACCAGCAUUUUAUAACAGUGCCUCACCUCCAGGACCACAGUUUCAGGGAAGCAGCCCACACCCUCAACAUGUCUAUAGUUCUGGGUCAAGCCCAGGUCCUGGACCUAAUACAUCUCAGGGACGCAGUAGUCCUGUGAUGCACCCAGGCUCCCCUGGACAUCACCCAUGUUCAGGACCUCCUUGUCUACCAGUGGCGCAAAGCCCACCUUUGCCCCCUGGUCCACCUGAAAUUGUAGGCCCUCACAAUCAAGCUGGAGUACUUGUUCAACCAGAUACACCUUUGGCACUGCCUAAUAUGGAUGGGGCUUACCAGUCUCCAGGCUUUCCGGGACACAUGAUGAAAGUACCCAGAGAAAAUCACGGUUCUCCAGGUUCAUCAUACCAGCAAAGUCCUGGUGAAAUGCAGCUCAAUACCACUUAUGAGUCUCUUCAAAACCCAGCUGAGUUUUAUGAUAAUUACUAUUCACAGCACACUGUACAUAAUUUUCAGCCACCCAAUACCUCUGGUGAUGGGAUGUGGCAUGGUGAAUUUGCCCAGCAGCAGCCUCCAGUUCUUCAAGACUCACUUAGCUGUGGGAGUGGGUCUGAUGCCAGCAGCAGCAGGACAGGCCAUGGCCCUCUUCCUGCACCAGGGCUUCUCCCUGCAGUGCAGAGAGCUCUUUUUGUCAGACUUACUCAGAGAUACCAAGAAGAUGAAGAACAAACCAGCACCCAACCUCAUAGGAUACCAAGCAAGGAAGAAGAUGAUACAGUUAACUGGUAUUCCAGUAGUGAAGAAGAAGAAGGAAGCAGCGUCAAGUCAAUACUGAAAACGUUACAGAGACAAACAGAAUCUUUACGAAGUCAGCAACAACCUUCCACAGAACUCGGCACUCCUACCGAUCCAAGACUUGCUAAAGAGAAAAGUAAAGGAAAUCAAGUGGUUGACCCUAGACUUAGGACUGUCCCAAGGCAUGACAUUAAAAAGCCUUCUGAGCCUGCUCCCCUGGAUCUUAGACUUGCGUGGGAUCCCAGGAAAUUAAGAGGGAAUGGAAGUAGUCACAUAGGCUCUUCUGUUGGUGGGGCAAAGUUUGAUUUACAUCACACAAAUGCUGGCACUAAUGCGAAACACAAAAGAGGAGAUGAUGACGAUGAAGAUACAGAAAGAGAACUGAGAGAAAAAGCUUUUAUAAUACCUUUGGAUGCUCCACCUGGUAUAAUGCUCCAGGAUCCAAGGUCACAACUGAGACAGUUCAGUCACAUUAAAAUGGACAUUAUCCUAACCAAACCUAAUUUUGCAAAACACAUCGUGUGGGCUCCAGAAGACUUACUUCCAGUACCUUUACCUAAACCUGAUCCAGUAUCUUCAAUCAAUUUACCUCUGCCCCCACUUAUAGCUGACCAGAGGCUUAAUAGGUUAUGGAAUACAAAAAGUGAUCUUCAUCAAAAUACAGUGGCUACUGAUCCAAAAUUAGCAGCUAAAGCCAAAAUUAACACAACAAACAGAGAAACUUACCUAGAACAGUUUGGAGACCUACAUAGUUCAGGAAGUAAAUUAGGAGAUCCUAGGCUGCAAAAAAAUUUUGACCCUAGGCUUCACAGGCAACCCAAUACAGAGUCUCACCAAGUGAUUAUCAAAGAUGCACAUACAUCAAAGGCCACCCCUCAGUUAGCCAGAUCAAACCCUGGUUCAUCACAGUCCUUGGGGCCAGGAGCUAGCAACUCUGGUCCUGGGGCUCUGCCCCCCUAUGCCCCUAAACUCUUGUCUUCAGCUGGCCUUCCACUGGGAACUUCAAGCUCAGUUCUUGGUGGUAUUAGUUUGUAUGACUCUAGGGAUCAUAAUUCAUCAUCUACAUCAGAGCUUGCAACAGUUUCUUUAGGAGAAAAUGCAGAGAACCAGAAAAAAAGUAUUAGUUUAAAAAAUAGUGACAAAAAUGAGCCUUCUCCUGAAGAAACAAUCCUGCCACAGAAAACCACUCCAAACAUGGAAGUCACUGUUGAUGGGCCAGCUGACCCACAGGCAGAUCUCAGGAGUUCUGGUAAGGUUCAGGUCCCAGCAGUGCACAGUCUUCCUAUUCAGGCAUUAUCAGGCUUAAUUAGACCCCAGUACAGCGAUCCCAGGCAAUCAAGGCAGCCAGGACAGGUGAGCCCAACACCAGACAGUGAUACCAGUAGAGAAACAGAUGAUAAGUCUCUGAAAGAGGUUUUUAAAACUUUUGAUCCAACUGCUUCACCAUUUUGUUAGCUGAUGUGUAAUUAAGCAAUUCUUUUCACUCUUGUGACUAUUGCAGUCCUCUGCUGUUUUGUAACUGGUUUACCUCUAUAGUUUAUUUAUUUUUAAAUUAUAAAUACUUUUCAGCUGCUAGUACUGGAACCACAUGAAAUUAUAGCCUCUAAAACCUGUGGUAUUUUAUAUAAUAUUUUUAUAACUUUAAGAGACUGUAGGAAUUGACAUAAAAACGUAUCAUGUUCAUUUCCAUUACAUAUUUAUUGUAAAUAAAUCAUCAUGAACUCAACCCUCUGCCUGAAUAUAUGCCAGUGGUCUUUCAUAAUCAAUGUUUAGAUAAAUUAUUGCCACUUUUAUAUGGUUGUUUAGUUUCAAGCAAUAUGAUGUACAUUACUUUUGAGAAACAGUAUUUUGACUAGGACCCCUCUUAUUUGUCAGCACAGAACUGAUUAAUAUGUAAUGCUAAUUGCUGAUUAAAAUGUAAAGUGAAGUAAAGAAAACAUUUUAAAAU